GUCAUUUUGUCGCAUUUCGUUUCGUUCGGCGACUUUCAGCGGCAGCGUCGGCAGAUGUUGUAGAUUGGUUGGGUGAAUUGGGGUAUUUACUGGGAGUUUUUAAGUAAAAGAUGGCUGCUCCAGCUGCUACGAGCGCUCCUGUGCCUCCAUGGUCAAAUAGCCAAGAUGACUACGAAUUACACGAUGUUAUUGGCAUGGGAGCAACUGCAGUUGUCUUCCGGGCAUUUUGUAAGCCGCGGCAGGAGAAGUGUGCCAUCAAGAGGAUCAAUUUGGAAAAGUGGAACACGUCCAUGGAAGAACUGCUCAAGGAGAUUCAGGCUAUGUCAAGCUGCAACCACGAGAAUGUAGUGACGUACUACACCAGCUUUGUGGUCCACGAUGAGCUAUGGCUGGUUCUCAAGCUGCUGGAAGGGGGCAGCCUUCUUGACGUCAUCAAGCACAAGAUGAAAGUCACCAACUGCAAGAAUGGCGUGUUUGACGAGGCGACCAUCGCGACCGUACUCAAGGAAGUACUCAAGGGACUCGAGUACUUCCACAGCAAUGGCCAAAUACACAGGGACAUCAAAGCGGGUAACAUUCUGCUAGGGGAGGACGGGACGGUGCAGAUAGCCGACUUCGGCGUGUCCGCGUGGCUCGCCACCGGCCGCGACAUGUCUCGGCAGAAGGUGCGCCACACCUUCGUCGGCACCCCGUGCUGGAUGGCUCCCGAAGUCAUGGAACAAGAUCACGGCUACGACUUCAAGGCUGAUAUUUGGUCGUUCGGCAUCACGGCCAUAGAGAUGGCCACCGGCACUGCACCAUACCACAAGUAUCCCCCGAUGAAGGUUCUCAUGCUGACGCUACAGAAAGACCCUCCUACCCUAGACACAGGUGCGGAAGACAAGGAGCAGUACAAAGCUUACGGCAAGACGUUCAGGAAGAUGAUCAUAGAUUGUCUCCAGAAGGACCCCACGAAGCGUCCCACCGCUACUGAGCUGCUGAAACACCCGUUCUACAAGAAGGCCAAAGACAGAAAGUACUUAACGCACACGCUGGUCGCUAUUGGGCCCAGUCUGGAAACCAGGGCUCAUAAGGCAAGCAAAAGGCAGCCGGGCACGUCGGGCCGCCUGCACCGCACGGUGACCGGCGAAUGGGUGUGGAGCGAGGAGGAGGAGGAGCGGGCCGAGGACCAACCGGCGUCCGACGAGGAGCCGGCCGACGAGCACCGGCCAAUGAACGAGCUGCAGCGCGCUGACUCGUCAGCUAUUUCCGGGGGAUUGAGCGAAGAUAUGCCGGAGGUCAUCAAUCUGGUGUUACGUAUGCGAAACGCCCGCCGUGAACUCAACGACAUCCGCUUCGAGUACAUAACCGGCAAGGACACGGCCGAGGGUAUAGCCGCAGAACUCGUCGGAGCCGGGCUGGUGGACGGCGCGGACUCGGCCGCCAUCGCCGCCAACCUCGACAAGCUCAUCGCCAGCUACCACGUCGAGCCCAAGCCGGAGGGCGGCCCGUGCAAGGCUGUCACUUUCCAUUUGAAUUCCGCAGAUCCAAGCCAACCAUUUGAUGACAAAGCUCUCAUAGGCUUUGCCCAAAUAUCAAUUGUUGACUGAACAAGACAGGGUUAUUUUAAAUUUACAUUACCUAUGCUAAAUAUUUAUCUACACUUCGCGAAGGAUAGGGUAACUUUUGUAUUGAUUUUUUAUUUACUGUAGUAUGGUUGCUGCUUACUUAUCAAUUAGAUAUGUUUUAAUUAUGAUAGUUAUUCAAUAAAAAGCUAACUGAUUUAAACAAUCUACCUUAUAAUCAUGAGCACUUCUCAUAUUUAAAAAAUGCAUUAAAAAGAGACAACGCUCUCUCUUUCAACUUAUUCUAUUCAGGAUUUAGUAAACUUUUCAGGUAAUCAAGCAUGGUUUUUUUAUUAUUAUUUUAUACUUACCUUAGAUGUACCGAUUUCCGAAUUGAUGCGUCAGCAGUGACCAUUAGCUAUCGCCGGUUGGUAGCGCAAUUUUAAACCUAGUAAUUUUGUACAGUGUAUUUAUUUUAAUUUAAUAGAGGCAUGUAUUAAAGUGACAAUAAAUGAAUCUCAUCUGGUGUGAAAAGUUUGUAGCGUAUUGAGGAAAUGGCCGAAUUAGGAAAUUGUUUAUACAAAUUGUACUUAUAUUUUUUACAUAUUAAUUAUGUUGAUUGUAUUUUAAAGUAUGUGAAGUAAAGUCAACCACUGUUUGGCUGGAUACCAUGAAAAGACAAAUUAAUACCUUAAAAUGUAAGUGGUUGACUUUAGACAAACAUGUACACUUUAUAGUACAAUGGGUGCCCUUAUUCCGUGCCCCUUACUGUAUUUGUCCUAAUGCUUAGCUUAGUCUAUUAAAAUAUACAUGAUUUUACUCCUAAUGUGGUGCUACAGAAUUAACCAUUUCGGUAUUAUGAAGUAGUACACCGUUACUUUAUAAUCAAAAUAGUAUUCUUAUUAUUAACGUACUUACUCUCGGUACAUUAAGUACUAUAAGCGUUAUUAUGUUCUUAAUUUUAUAUCGUGCUUCUAGUAUCAAUGUAUUUGUUAUAGCUAGGUAUAUAAAUGAUGUGCAUUUAGAUUUCAUUGUUGUAUACAGUUUUAGAUGUUUCUAACUGUUCCCUUGGGAGGGUGGCCUACGUCAGAGGUGACUUUCAGACACAGACUAUAUAACCUGAUAGGCGGCACUUUGGCAGAGAACUGCGUUCGCCAAAAUUAUGCUUUAUUUAGCAUACAAAGCCCCUGCUGUCAAGUAGACUAGAUAGUUAAAAAAAAUUAUGCCAUUGAACGUUCCAAUGAAAACAAAAUAUCCUCUCCCCGUAGUCCAAGUAAAAUUAUAGCAUGUGUUUUUACGGUGAAGGAAACAAUCGUGAGGAAAUCUGCCCAUCUAGAUGUGUGAACCCACCUACCCGCAAUGGACCAGCGUGGUGGGAAAUGUUCCAAGCUUAGGAAAGCAGUUUAGACCUUAGGGUUUGCAAAAACGUUCCAAUAGAUAGAGCCAGGUGCAGUCAGGCACUAAACACCCUUGCAGAUACCUACCUAAUAAGAAAAGAUAAAAUAAACUCCCGGAACUUAUUACUUUUAGGGAUUAGAUUUUCACACUGAACUGAAUCUAUGCGUUGUCUUUUAGGCUAUAUGGUCUGUGUUUCCAGGCCACCUUCACACUAUUUGCUUAAAUUUUAAGAUUCGUCUCGAUUUGGCUCACAUUUUGUCACUGACGAUGGUUUUAGGUCCCAUAACCUCGACUUCUUGUAUAUCUAACACAGGUUUUGAUAGAUUCUGUAAACUAUGAAAGGUUUAUGUUUUUCUGGCAUACAAAGUGGCGCUUUUAGCGAAAACUUUCAAGUUACUAUCAAAUAUUUAUGAUCUGUACAAAGGGUCUCAACUGAGUGAGCAGAGUUUCUGUGACUAAGGAGUGUCACAGUCAGCAGCACAUAGUGAGCACUAAUCGGAACGAGAUCUUAUUGUACCACGGGAUAGGUUGUAAGCCGUAUCGCCGUUUUAGAACGAGUACAAUGUAAAAUAAGUGGGUACAAAUGUAGAAUGUAUAUGUGGAGGUUUUCUCUCGGUGGUUUACAUCAACGUCGGAGAAAUCUUAUAAAUUGUACUUAAAUUCCAAAGAAAUUAUUGAUCAUAUUGUGGCAUGAACUUACGGCAAAUAGUUUAAAAUCUGUUUUAUCGUUAUGAGUCGAAUUAAACGUACGUAAUAUUAUAUACUUAAAUAGGUAUUACCUAUAUUUUCCCUUUAUGUUUUAAGGACUGUUUACUAUGUUAAAUUUUCAUGAUAAUUAUAUUAUGAAUGAUUUAAUUCCCAUAUUUAUAGAGUUUAAAGUAGAUCACUAAAUGUUCCUAUAAAUACGUUACUUGUUUAUGUUAACUAGUAGUUUACUACUGUGUGACUAUGUACAACAUUUUAUUUUGGUCUUAUGUGACUUAAUAACAUUAAUAUACAACUACUUACACGUAAACCUUGAUACUUUUUCAAGGGUUUUAAAUCAAAUUAAAAUAAAUUACAAGCUUUGAUGAAGUAUUAAAAUUUAACCCCGUAUUUAUAGAACUAACAUAAAUCGAGAAACCGAGUUUUACUCUUUGUGUCACUUGAAAAUAUGAAAAUCGUGUACUAUGCACCAAUUUCAAACCAUUAAUUGUAUUGGUGUAUUGUCCUAUGAAUGGGGGUUAGUGUAUGAUAUUACUUAAAUUGUAUUGCACUCAUUUCUGUAUUCAAAGUAAGUAUGUGUAAGUCGAUAGACAUCGUUUUAUUAAGAUUCUUUAUAUACAGUGUAAUAUUUAGGGCAAAACUACUUCAGCGAGUAGUCGCAUUUAAAAAAUAUAUUCCUAUAAUUACGUGUUAAUAGUUAAUUAUGUUUUUUUUAAAACAACUAUACGAUCUACCGCGACACUGUCUAGCUCGUGCCUUCGCAAUAAUAUGAAAAUACCGUAAUACGUAUUUUAUAUGAUUUUACCCUAAGAUGUCAGCUAAUUGAUAAUUUUGUAGUCUAAAUAUUUCGCCAAAACAAAACUGAACAAUCCAUUGCACAGCCACAAAUCAAUCGCAAUAAUCAAACUACUGCGACAGGUAUAAUUGAUAAGUUAGUGAAACAUGGUAUAAAGCUUAAUUACUUAUGUUGUGAUGACGAAAUAAUUAUGAAGUUUCAGACAGAUCAAGAUUAAAGGUUACAAAAAAGCACUACCUUGGUUCUUUAACAUGCAACCCUAAGGGCCAACCCACACGUAGUAGGAACCACAACCACACGAAAUCGAAAUCUUGCGUAUAGUCAAACAGUGUCUUCGAGGGUAUAGUAUCACAUGUUUUUGUAGUUAUGCGUUAUGUUUACGACAAGACUGUCUAUGUCAUCUCUAUGUCAAGUUAUAGGUGUCGCUGACAGUUGCGUUGUGUUACUAUUUCGUCAGUAUCACACAAGCGGUCGAUAAUGACUGCUAAAU